AUGCCCAAUCCGGACAAUAUUCGAGGCUUACUGGACACAAAAUCACCAACAACAACCAAGGAAGCAUUUCGUUCCGUUAAAGCCGCCGAAUAUUACCGUAAAUUUAUAUCUCAUUUUUUCCAAAUUGCUGGACCACUAUACAAGUAUGCACCUACAGCAGCUCAACAAUGUGACAAACGAUCCCAGUCAUCGAAAAUCGUACUCUCUUUGAACAAAGAGGCAGCAUUUAACGAAGUAAAACGUAUUUUAACAACUGAUUUAGUAUUACGUUUACCGAAUAACGUGCUCCCAUUUAAGCUCCAAACAGAUGCAUCGGACGAAGAUGAUCUGAGACAACAACAGCAAAAGGACCGAGAUGUCCAGCAAAUUAUACAAAACAUUAAAGCUAAAAAUUACAAUCCCAAAUAUUUUGUCGAAAAUGAUUUAUUGAUGCGGCGCAAGAAUCCUUUACCGCCCGAUCCUUAUGUACCAAAAAGCAGAAUCCGCUCAGAUACUAUUAAAAUUUAUCACGAUACGCCGGCCAACGGUGCACAUUUUGGUCGCGAUAAACUUACCAAGAAAAAUCAACACCGAUAUUUUUGGCCCACAAUGACAUUAAAGAUAUCACAAAUCAUAUCAAAUCCUGUGAGCCUUGUUUACAAAAUAAUCAUUCGCGCCGAGAACCGAAGCUUUGAAGCGAAUAAAGCCACCAGAUGUCGUUUGGCACUUGCUAUCAAUGGACUUCCACGGACCCAUUAUACCUAUUUCGCAACGGGGUAA